CUGCAGCAUCAGCAAACUUUGUUCUAAGACGAACGACGCACGCACAGCGAAAGUUUUGCCAGUGCAACAGAUGUUAUGGAACAAUUAUGUAACGAAGCUUAAUAAACAAUCCUGCACUCUAACAAACAAUCCUCGAAAGUUUCUAUGAAGGUGUAGUUUGCAUCAAGAUGGAAGUUAAUCAUAAAAUCGAAAUUGAAAAUCACGGUGGAGAUGGUGUCAGUUGGAGUGAUAGUAUCGCAACCGAAUUCAUAGAUGGGAACUGGUGUGACUCGCCUUUAAAAAAAGAACCAACGUAUCUAAUGAAAGAAUCUGUUACUCCGAUGCCAGCAUUUGAAGAACAGCAACAACUGCAAAACAGCAUACCUUAUCAACAACUUAUGCACACUCUGAAGGGUCCCAGUACUGUUGAUCAGCAAAACCAAAUAAUUCACCUACUCAAGAACAAUCCUUCACUGAUGUCUACGUUUAAAAAACAAAAACAGCAACAAUCUAGGAUGAAUGGUGUUAUAAACCCUAUGGGUCCUAGCCAAGUACAACAGCUACCUAAUUUGCAGCAUAUGUAUCCUCAACAACCGCAACAUCACCAACCGCAGCAACCACAAUCUGCAGAGGAUCCUAGGGUGCAGGAACAUCAAUUUCAAGGUCACUCGAGAGUGACACCUGGUGUACAGUUUCCUCAACAAUAUGGAGUUCCGGGUGGACGGGCAGGUCAAGUUGGUGCAGAAAAUACUUCAUCGGUACAUAAUAGAGCCUAUGAUCAACUCAUAGACUCUUUGAAAAGAGCCACGACUGUUGCACAGCAAAAAAAAAUACUUCAGACGCUCAGGAGCAACCCUUCACUGAUGGCUGUAUAUUUAAACAAAUGCAAGCAAAACGAAGAGCAUGAUGAAAGAGUUGACACACUCGAUCAUAAUCAACAGCAAUCCAUGCAACAUGUGCUUUCACAACAACAUCAAUACCAGCAAUGCCAACCCGGAAUGGGAAUUAAUGACCGGAUGCCUCCAGUCGGUUUAAUUUGCAAGGAAAACAUAUCGACGUUGCACGAUGAAGCCUAUCAGCAACUUGCACCCACUCUGAAAAGUCCACAUUCUCCUAAUCAGAAGCAGCAAGUACUCCGCAAUAUCAAGAGCAAUCCUGCAACUAUGGCUGCACUACGAAAACAUCGCCAAAAGCAGGCUGGACAGAAUAGUGGAGGAGCUGGUACACUGGUUCCUAGUCAAUCCCAAAAUCAAGACUCUGCUUUGCAUCUCAUAGUUCCACAACAACCAGUACAACAGGAACAAUACAGAAAUCAGGUCUAUCAACAACCGCCACAGCUGCCGCAACAUCUCCCAUGUCCGAUAAAUCAAGAACUUCCUCUUAAGAUUGAGCCAAUCAAUCCAAUUGAUUCUGAAAACGCAAUAUUGAAACAAAGUGCAGCAUACGAAAAACUUAUAGAAAUUUUAAAAAGACCCAAUACUCCUGAGCGGCAAAACCAUAUCCUCCACUUAGUCAAGUGCAAUCCUCUACUCAGGUCUGCUUUCGCCAAAAAACGCCAGCUAAUUGAGCAGCAGAGUGGUAUCUCAGUAGCACAAAAUAAACCACUGCAUCAACCGGGCGUGCAGCAUGUAUUACCUCCGCAAGAACAAUAUAAAAUAAAUCAACAGCUGCAGCAACAAUCUGCGCAAGGACCCAGUCUACAGCAAAAUCCGCUGCACUGGUACACACAGCAGCAACAUCCACAGGAACAACAAUAUGGCAAUAUGGCAGCUUUGAAGCAUACUACUUCUCCUGAGAAGAUAAACCAAAUAAUUCGUGAUCUACAGGGCAAACCCGGAUUGAUAUCUGACUUCGCCGAACAACGUCAGCAUGAAGAAGUUCAUCCACUCCAUUCUAUUCCACCGCAACAAUCGCAACUGCAACAAAUUCUGUUUCAACCGCAAAAUCAGCAAAGCCAACCGCCGUAUUCGCUCGGACCCACUGUGCCGCAAUAUCAACAUGAAUCUCUCACGCAAACAUCUCCGCCAUCUUACGAACCACAAAAUCCAAACAGUUCAUCUUCAAUGAAUUAUGUUGGAUUCGAACAAGAUUAUGGUCAAGCGAGUUGGAACCCUACAUCUCCAAUGCAACAGCUGAAACAGUUGGUUGAAACACCAUCUCCUGCUUUUUCUUCGCCGUCAAUUCCGUCUCCUCAAUCAGUACUAUCCCCAAUUAAUCGCCCGGUUUCGUUUUCAGAAGUUGCUCCUGAACCCUCCUCCCAUUUUCAGCCUCUUCAUCCACCCCAUGAUGAUCAGAAUUAUUCACCGGACCACGAAUUGUACGUUCCUAGUGGAAUCCUGUCUCUAGAAUCUUAUCCUGUGAAUUGCAAUGACACAAGUGAAAUGCUGAAAAUUACACCCCAGGAUUUAUUCGACUUUGUAAAUAAGUUGUAAUUAAAUAUUUUACGCAGCAGUUUGAAAGAAAGCUGAAAUAAAUUAUGGUUAAGAUAGGCUCACAAGGGAAAAUAAAAAAUUCUGGAUUUAAAGAUUGGAUCAAGGCGAGAAAUGAGCGUAUUGGAAUCCUAAAAACGUUUAAUUAAUUUGGAAUCAAUAGAUAUGCGGUUACUCGAUUUCCAGAAAAAUGUUUAACAUAUUCCUUGAUUGUAAAGUUUUUAAAUUGUUUUUCGAUUGCAAUAUUUUUUUAUUUCUGCUAAGCUGAAAACUUUAGCGGCAAAGAUAGUCUAGGGAAAAAAUCGCCCAGACCCAGGAAUCCAAGCUGGAAACACAACGAAUUUUUAAAAUUCUGGUUCUGAUAUUUAAAGAAAUUAUCUGUAAAACUUGAGUUACAAUUUUUCAGAGCAUGUGUAGCUUUUUCCAGCAAAGAAAUAUACAAGAAAAAAAUGCGCUGUAUUUCAAAUUUAGAUCCUGGGCUUUGGGGAUCUUUUUCUUAGUGAUUUUUUUUUCACUGAAAAGUUUUCAAAUAUCAGAAAAAAGUAUUUUUUUAUUUACACUGGAGUUAACAUCUUUUUCUUAUCAGGCGUGAAUUAAAUAGGAAUUAUCUCGUAGAACAUGAUUAAUUAAAAUUAAAAACUAAGAAGACUUUUUUAGACUUCUAGGAAUGUAAAUAAAAUUGAUGUACAAGAAAAUUUAAAAACUCUGCAAACAGAACA